GGCGGGCAGAGGCGCGCAUGCGCAUUAGGGAGACCGAGGCCAAGAUGGCCGACGAGAUCAGCAAGGCUCAGGUGGCCCAGCCGGGCGGAGACACCAUCUUCGGCAAGAUCAUCCGCAAGGAGAUCCCCGCCAAAGUCAUCUUCGAGGACGAGAAGUGCCUUGCGUUCCAUGACAUUUCUCCACAAGCUCCAACACAUUUCCUAGUGGUCCCUAAGAAACCUAUUGCUCAGCUCUCUCAAGUACAAGAUUCUGAUGAAGCUCUUCUUGGACACUUAAUCAUCGUGGGCAAGAAAUGUGCAGCUGAUUUGGGCUUGACCAGGGGGUUCCGAAUGGUGAUAAAUGAAGGUCCAGAUGGUGGUCAGUCUGUAUACCAUGUACACCUCCAUGUCCUUGGCGGCCGUCAGCUGGGUUGGCCCCCAGGCUAAGAACUAGGGGAAAGGGAGAAUAUUGUCCUCAAACCAUCUCUUGAAUUUAGUGAAUACCUGUCUUGAAGAAUGCAACCACUGUCAAUAACCUUCAGCCACUUAACCUUUCUUGAGGAGAAUAAAGAGUUUGUUCAAUCCAUGUUAAUAAAGUUCCAAGCAUGUUGAAUCAUC